AUGGGCGAUCCCAGCGUGAGCCUGAGCCACCCCCUCAAACAAAUUGCCAUCGACUACAAUCCCAAAGCCUGCACCUACUGCGCCACCUCCAACUCAAUCACCCUCACCUACGACCACCAGGGCGGCGCGCGAUGGCGCUCUACCACCCGGUUCCUGUACGGGACAUUCUCGGCCAUGAUCCGGUGCCCCGGGGGGAACACCUCCGGCCUCAACUUCAACCUGUACCUGUCGUCGUUGGAAGGAGAGAAAGGGCAAGACGAAAUCGACUUCGAAUUCCUGGGAAAGGACCGGAGCGUGGUUCAGACCAAUUUCUACACCGGCGGGGUCGGGAACAGAGAGCAAAUCCACGAGCUUGGGUUCGAUUGCGGAGAUGGGUUCCACAAGUAUUCGGUGAAAUGGGAGGCGGAUUUGAUCGAGUGGGCGGUGGACGGGGCGGUGGUGCGGCGGGCGGUGGAGGAUAUUCCGAGGAAGGCGAUGUACUUAUAUGCGUCGAUGUGGGAUGCAAGUGAUAUAGAUGAAGGGAGAUGGGCGGGGAAGUAUGUGGGUUGUGAUCAGCCUUAUGUUUGUGUUUAUAAGGAUAUUCAGGUUCCUCGUCAGUCUUAG